AUGGUACAUGCGCACGCGCAUCGCGACCAUGUCGCCAAUCUCCAGGCACGAGAUGUCACUGUGGUCUAUGUUACUCUGUCUGCCGACUUCGACGGGCCUAUAGGAGGGUACGUGACAAUGUCGCAAACUUCCUCAGAGAAGAACAAUAAGGCAACGGCCGGCUUGGGCGCCCCUGUUCAGCAGACUCGCGAGGAAACGCAAGUUAAAGCAACUGGAACUGCCUCUGAGAAUACCGAUAGUCAAACCACUACUAGGCAGAAGGCAGGGCAGACUACGCACGGGUCGCAAACAGUAUCUACUGAACAGAGCCAAGAAUCGACCACCCAGACUACGUUUAUAACCAGUUCCUCUUCCUCCACUCCAGCUAUCGCUGGAUUAGAAGGUGCCGCCGCCACUGCGUCAUCGUCAGGGAUUUCAGCAGCAUCAGCCUCUCCCACCGCUGCAUCUGUCUCGCAAGGUCUUGCUGGUGCGAUCGGUGCGAUCGCAGUCUUCAUUCUCCUAUGGAUCCGCAAGAAGAAGCAAGGGCAGCAGCAUCUCCAAGCGGUCGAAUCUGAGAACGAGAAAUACCCCGAAUCUGUGACUUGGUCCAGCCCGCCUCAGCUCAACAUUCAGUUCGCCUCUGAUGGCGGUGCAACUGGGCUUUCCGCAGGUGGAACGCUUGCACCCAUUGCUGCCUCUGCCACACCACAGUCGAGCUCUCACGGUUCGAAUCCAUUUGGUGAUCCGGUCAACCCCUUCAGCAAUCCCGGGGAAGCCCCAUCGCCUCUCGCUUCAAGCACUGCACUUAGCCCUGCUCCUGCUUCGGAGGACACCGGAGAUCUCGCGCCUGUCGCAAACACCGCCGUUACAGGGAUUGCGGCAGCAGCAGCAGUCACCCAGGAAAAGGAACUGCCUGAGUCCCCCGAAGAUUCCUCGACAAGUUCGCAAGCAUUUCCCCCGAAGGCCGCCCCAAAUGAAGAUACUACGGCUCCUGCUCCGAUUACACCCACUGCUACUGCUACUGCCGUGCCUGUACUGCACCCUCCAGUUUCCGGGCCCGGUCCUGCACCAGCAAACGUGCACCGUGUGCAGAUGGACUUCAAUCCUUCGAUGGAGGAUGAAUUGGAACUCCAUUUUGGUCAGCUUGUCCGGUUGUUGCACGAGUAUGACGACGGAUGGGCUCUUUGCACUAGACUCGACAGGUCGCAACAGGGCGUUGUUCCUCGAUCCUGUCUAUCUUCGCGACCUCUCAAGCCUAGGCCGCCACCAGGUCCUGGGGUCCGUGGCCCACCACCAAUGGCAGCACCUGACCGUCCAAUGCCCCCUAGGCCCACAACACCAUCCUCGAACUUCCACCCCCACGCUGCUCAACCACAGUCACCCGCACGUCCAAUGUCACCUGGCCGGCCCAGUCACGCCGGCACUAUGCCUCUGCGUCUGCAGAAUGGACGCCCUUUGUCCCCGGCUCAGACUCCACCUGCUCUUCGAUCAUUCUCGCCUGGACCAGGGCCGAGACCAAUGGUUCCCAGAUCAAUGAGCCCUGGACCUUACGGGCUUCCGGGAAUGCAGAGACCGUACAUGCCGGCUAGCGAGCGGCCACGGAGCAACAGUACAGGCGCUGCUAUGGGGCCUAACCCUCGGCAAGGCGGGACUGCGGCCCGCAGUCCCUUGGGAGGUCCGAUAAUGCCACCCGUGUCCACUAUUCCCAGAGCAACGCCGACAGUAGUGGAAAGUCCCAUCUCCGAUCACGAAAACAGAGAGUGGUAAAGUCCCUGCCUGAGCAAUGCUGGACAAACAGAGCACGAAUCGUGUCUUAUCGUCAACAAGAACAUAACACAUACUAUGCAGGAACUGUCAAAUAUCGCUUCUGCUUCAGCAGUCCCUCAUUAUCCUUCUCAAACUUUGUUCAUAUUACCCUUCUUGGUCUUCCGCGCCUUUUUUUUUCUUUUCCUGAACAGUUAUGUUAUCAUGAUUCUCUCCAGUACGCUUCUAUGAAAAUGAUGCAAGAUACCCACCGGCGAUCGUCCACGCGCAAGGCGACUGUCUGCUCGUCCUCAGGAUGACAGGAG